CACGUGAACAGUUCCCAAGCGGAGUUUCCACGACAGCUGGAAGCCGAGCGGCACGGGCGCAUCGCUUCUUUGCUAAAAUUAUCGGAAAUAACGCGACUUCUGCUCGUCUCAGCACCUCCAGAUAAACCCUGGUCUGGCAUGGGCGACAAGAGGAGUCCCACAAGGCCGAAGCGUCAACCGAAGCCCUCCUCCGACGAGGGGUUUUGGGACUGCAGCGUAUGCACAUACAAGAACACGGCAGAAGCUUUUAAGUGCAUGAUGUGUGAUGUCAGGAAGGGGACAUCAACAAGGAAGCCUCGUCCCGUCUCCCAGCUCGUCUCGCAGCAGCAGGUAACGCAGCAGUUUGUGUUGCCCUCGCAGCCCAAAAAGGAAAAGAAGGAGAGGGUAGAGAGGGAGAAGAGCGACAGAGAGCCGGCGCUCAAGAAGAACAGUCACAAGAAGAUGAGGCCGAGAUUAAAAAACAUCGACCGGAGCAGCGCCCAGCACCUGGAGGUGACGGUCGGGGACCUGACAGUCAUCAUAACGGACUUUAAGGAGAAGGCCAAGCCCACGUCCACCUCGGCUACGUCGUCCAGCACCGCGUCCACGGCCGACCACCACAGCCAGAACGGCUCCAGCUCGGAAAACACAGAGAAGGGGCUCUCCCGCUCCUCCUCGCCCAGAGGAGAGGGGAGCUCGGUCAACGGGGAGUCCCACUGAGUCACCCCUUCAAAACCUCCCCCCCUCCCUUCCCCGAGCUACCCCGGCCUCCACCCACAUCUCAUUUGCAAGUUCACGUCACCAGUGGAGGGUCCUGCCUCUACAACUGCACAAUACUGACUAAAACUUUUUGCUUUUCUUUCUCAAUAGGCAUUUGUGACCCGUUUGUCAGAGUUGCCAACACAUUAGACGAGUUUAAUCAGUUCAAGAUUCUCCACAGCACUGGAAUCCUGCGUUUAGAAAGCAAUAUGAAACACCUCUUGCUCCAUCUUUGAAGUUCGUAGUGAUCUACAUUUCCGCUUGGACAUUUUGGUGUAAUCGAGAGGAUCCCCACACGCUGUCCAAAGCUCACUACUAGAAUAUUUACUAAGACAUUCUGACAAGGAACUUCUUCAGGACUGACCUGAGAUAUGUCUGAGUAAAUGUUUGGACAGGCUUUAUGAUUUCCUUCAGAUGCACCAGCCAGUCGUGGGUUUUUUUUUUUUUUCUUCCUCCAUAUAUAUAUUUUUGUUAAAGGAGAUGUGCAGCCCCACCUUUCAUCGUCAGUGGCCGGCAGAGUGACCUUUUCCCCCCCUCAUGUGGAAUUUUCAGCCUCUGUCUGGAAUCUUUACCUACCUGUUAUAAACCCAAACCAUCUAUUACACACUCUCAGUGUCCCUACACUGACCCUUCAACCUCACAGCGAACCUUUGCUCCUGAUCUUGAUACUCAAAGCUUUUACUUCGGGAUUGCCUCUGCUGUAGAGAGACUUUUUUGACACAGCAUAGCAGCUGUACUGCUACUGGCACCUUGUGGUGUUUUUGCGUAAUGUUUGGAGCAGGUUGUUCAGGUAAUGCUUGUUACGUCCGCGUGAAGGCACCGGCAGGUUUUGAUAAAAGCCCUCUCUUAAACUGUGCAGGAAGGUAUAGUAUGUGAUUUUAAAAGGAUAAUACCGGUGUUUUUGUGUUUUCAGUUUGUGCCAAUAAUCAACGCUACUCCUCUUUUACGUUAUUCUCAGUUUGUCUGCACUCUAUCAGUCAAGUUAGACAUACAGUCAUGUUUUUUUUCUGUCUUUACAACCAUUUGUAUUGUACCAUACAUAAACAAAAAAAAACACAAACCUGCAUUAAGUGCUAUUUUUGGCAGAAUCAACUUGAUUUGAGUGAACGUGUACAGAAUCAGCAGCUCUCCAGCUAUAUGCAACUUCUAGAUCAUUGCUUUGGUUCUCUGAACCUCGCAUACAUCAUCCAUGUCCAGCAAAAUGGCUCAGACAAGCUGUUUGUUACACUGCCUGGCCAGCAUGAAAUGGCAGAAGACUAAAAUUAGCUUGUAGCUGGUAAAGAAAGUCUUCAGCACUACUAGCCAAGUACAGACCAAACUAGAGCUAAACCAGAUGCUUAUGUUGGUGUAUGUCUGCUCGAUAUGCAAGUAGGCAAUGAAUUGCUAACGCAUUAGCCGUAACAGCUAAAAUCUGUCUCUCAGGGCUUUGAGUUGAUUUUGCAGUCUUGCUGUACACUGUUGCUAUUUAAAAAACCCACUUAAUGCAGCUCUAAGAAUUACCCAAACUCUGUUCUUAAUUACAGUCAGUGUGAAAUCCUACUUCAUCCGUCACAUUGUAAAUACAUGAUGUAAACACAACAUGUUACCAAUUUACUGCCAUCCUUCAUGAUGAUAUUGCACCAUGGUUAUUGUCAAUCACACGACUCCCACUGAGUGAUGUACAUCCGCGCAAAUACGCUAAGAAUUCUUGGAAAGCUCCAUAUUUCAUGACGUUUCUACUUUUAUUUUGCGUGCUUUUAUUUUCUCAACCAAGAGCUCAUAACAAGCCAGGUUUAUGAAUUUGUUUCAGAGCGGCAAAAAGAACAGAUGAUCGCACAAUGAGUCAAGGAUUGUCGACUUUAACGGAGGCGGUAAUCCAAGGGGCUGUAGCUGUAAAUGACACCGGUAUUCUCCUUUUUAAUCUGUGCUGCACAAACGGGGCUGCACCUGCUCAGUGUCACAAUGGGGGGAAACCAGAGGGCGCUCAUGCUGUUCUGCCCCCCACAGUGGACCCAGUUUGGAUACAGCGCCGUGCUCGUAAAACAGAAGAAAAAAAGAAAGAGCUCCGGCUUGUGGACGUGCACAUUUAUCAGCUGUAUAGGCGAUGGCGUGAUGGACUUCAGAAACUGUUUAAAUUCCUCCAUUUUGAUGUAGCAAAGUGGGGGAGCUUUAGAAUCUACUAAACUCCCAGCAGAACAACUAUAGAUCAACCUAACUACACAAUAACUUAUAAAAACCUGUAGAAUACUACACAGAUAAAAUUGAUAUUUCUAAAAAUAUUGUACUACAAUGUUUUGAUGUGGUUGUAUUAUCCAUCAUACCAGUGUUCUUGUCAAGAUUUUUUCCUUUAACAUUUUAGCACAGAUCCUGAGAACUGUCAUGGCAUGAUAAUAUUAUGGUCUCAGUAUAUUGUGGGACAGGCUAUGUCUCUUAGUUUGUUAGCAUUGUUUAAUGUGUCAGAGACGUAUUUUCCUCAUAGGUUGACCACACUAGCUGGGACUAGGUGCGUGGACUCGUGGGAACUGUUCCAACAGACAUUUGUUAUUCGGUUGUGGCAAAAAUGGAAAGACACUUAAAAAUAUGGCGGUGUCACACGUUGAUAUUUUCUGUUUCGUUUGUUUUUUUGUUUUUUUUUUGCUUUGCCAUGCUCAAUUUGUUUUAAAAUGUGUGAACUUGUUUAUUACAUGUCUGAAUAAGAAAAUAACAAAAUUCUAAACAAAAAAGGAUUUAUCUCGUGCA